CUUCAUCUCGUCGCCAUUUUGAAUCUGCGACAAACGUAGUUAGUCGUGUUCAAUCCAAGUCAUCGUAGCAAAAUUUUAAUCGUUACAUGCCAUUUAUCUAGGUUUUAAGCAAGAUAAUUUAUCGCUGAAGGAAUUGAGGAGAGUAUUUUAGCACAUAUAGCCAUAUUUCUACUUUAUAGAUAGAUUUAGUAAGAUGGCUUGUGCGACUUUGAAAAGGUCUUACGAAUUCGACCCUCUGCUAAGUCCGCAACACCAGCCUUCGCCAAAACGAAGAAGAUGUAUUCCAAUGGCGACCUCUUCCAGUCCAAGCUCUUCUUCAAACACCGACUCUCCAUUUCUAGAAAUAACUCCUAGAUACUCUCAAGAGCAACUUUCCACAAACCUCCACAUGGAGUGGAAAAGACUUCAGCGCCGCAAGCAUCUAAAGGCUCCUAGCUCUAACUCUGUUGAAUCUAUGAACACAUACACAUGCUCACCAAGCUCAUCGCCAACAAGGAAAGAGCAGCCACUCUUUACACUUAAACAAGUAUCUCUUCUAUGUGAACGAAUGCUGAAAGAGCGUGACACACAACUCCGAGAGGAAUAUGAUAAAGUGCUGGCACAGAAAUUAUCAGAGCAAUAUGAUUCAUUUGUCAAGUUCAAUUAUGACCAAGUGCAGAGACGAUUUGGCAGGUCUGCACCAACAUAUGUCUCUUAAAGAUGGAUGUCUAGCUCACUGCAAUUUUUACAUGUCCUUCUGACAAACCUUUUCUUAGUCUUGCCUCUUCUGCAAAUGAAUAGAAGAAAAUGGACUUCUUAUCUGGGCAUUCUUAUUAAUACCUGAUGUAUUGUAAAUUGUCUAUUAGCACCAUUUCACUGUAUAUGAACAGCACAUUACAUGUGUACAUGUACACGUAUAAGUAUAUUGUUACAAGUUUAUAUAAUUAUUGGAAAUGUUACAAAAUCCUGUAAAAAGAAUUUAGGUUGAGUGUUCUUUAGCAUGACUUUUUCUGUUUGUUAUAGUUUUACCUUCAGAAAAUGCUGUUCCCAUAUCUUGUAAAAAGAAAAAUUAAUUUAAUAAAACAAAUGAAGGCUGA